AUGCACAACGCGUUGUCCUGGGAGCUGGGGCCCCCCAACGCGUCGUCCCCCGGCUUCCCGCUGGGCUGCCCCAACGCUUCGAGCCCGCCGCCGCCUCCGCCGCCGCCGCCGCUGGCCGUGGCCGUGCCCGUGGUCUACGCGCUGAUCUGCGCCGCGGGGCUGGUGGGCAACUCGGCGGUGCUGUACGUGCUGCUGCGGACGCCCCGCAAGAAUGUCACCAACCUGUUCAUCCUCAACCUGGCCGUCGCCGACGAGCUCUUCACGCUCGUCCUGCCCGUCAACAUCGCCGACCUGCUGCUGCGGCGGUGGCCCUUCGGGGAGCUCAUGUGCAAGCUGGUCGUGGCGAUCGACCAGUACAACACCUUCUCCAGCCUCUACUUCCUCGCCGUCAUGAGCGCCGACCGCUACCGGGUGGUGCUGGCCACGGCGGAGUCGCGCCGGGUGGCGGGGCGCACGUACGGCGCGGCGCGCGCGGUGAGCCUGGCGGUGUGGGCGCUGGCGACGCUGGUGGUGCUGCCCUUCGCGCUCUUCGCCCGGCUCGACGAGGAGCAGGGCCGGCGCCAGUGCGCGCUGGUCUUCCCGCAGCCCGAGGCCUUCUGGUGGCGGGCGAGCCGCCUCUACACGCUCGUGCUGGGCUUCGCCAUCCCCGUGACCACCAUCUGCGCCCUCUACCUCGCCCUGCUGUGCCCGGCUGCGAGCUUGCGCCUCGACGGGCAGGCCAGGCCCUGGGGCCGCGCCAAGAAGCGGGUCACUCUCUUGGUGGCGGCGAUCCUGGCCGCGUGCCUCCUCUGCUGGACGCCCUACCACCUGAGCACCGUGGUGGCGCACACCGACCUCCCGCAGACGCCGCUCGUCGUCGCGGUCUCUACGGCUCACAGCCUGAGCUACGCCAACAGCUGCCAACCCUUCCUCUACGCCUUCUUGAACGCGGCUUCCGCAGGCGCUUCCGCAGCUGCUGGCUGGCGCCCGCCGCUGAAUCCCCGCGCCUCUUCGGCACCGCGGCCUGACUGCACUGCCCCCGCUCUCACACUCCAAUGCCAAUGCUCGGCCCGGACUAGCGCGCCGUAG